AUGGUGGUGCAGACGAGGAACAAGCACAAAGAGAUACCGUCCAAGGGGUCCCAAUCCCCUCGCUCUACCUUGCGGGGCCACCGGGGCGCGACCAGCUGCGAGCGGAGGCUCCAGGCAGAGGAGAAGCGCGAAAAGGGGUCGCCCAUCCACGUAAGAGGAGGCCACAAGGUUUUCAGAUGGCUGCUAUGCAGACUAAUGGUGACCAGCCUGAGGCGCCUGCUAUUCAUGUUCUUGCAGAAGCUGACCUCCUUGCAGCAGAACCGCAAUUUCUCAUGGAACGUAACGGUGGCCUUAGGUGCUUUGGCAGGAGUUUUGCACUGGACUCAUUUAACAACUCUUUUUGAAAAUGAUCGCCAUUUUUCCCACCUCUCAACAUUGGAAAGGGAGAUGACUUUUCGCACUGAAAUGGGACUUUACUAUUCCUACUUCAAGACCAUGGUAGAAGAGCCUUCAUUUACGAACGGACUAUGGAUGAUAAUGAAUGAUAAACUUACUGAAUUUCCUCUUGUAAUUAAUGCAGUGAAACGCUUUCAUCUUUAUCCAGAGAUAAUCUCAGCCUCCUUGUACCGGGUAUUCAAUGGAACAAUGGGCAUCUUUGGCAUUCAAACAAAGACAUGCUAUAAUGUUUCCAGAGGACAAGGGCUUAAUCCAAUUGAAAGCUGUGAAGGAUUGGGAGACCCUGCUUGCUUUUAUAUUACCGUGAUUUUUGUUUUAAAUGGAUUAAUGAUGACAUUAUUCUUCAUAUAUGGCACAUACCUCAGUGGAAGUCAAAUUGGAGGUCUGCUUUCAGUACUAUGCUUCUUUUUCAACCAUGGAGAGUCUACACGUGUGAUGUGGACUCCACCUCUCCGAGAAAGCUUCUCAUACCCAUUCCAUGUACUUCAGAUGCUACUUAUAACUCACAUUCUCAGGUCUCGAGAGAAUAGUAGGAGAGACUACAUUGCACUCUUUAUGUCUAAUGUCGCUUUCAUGCUUCCUUGGCAGUUUGCUCAGUUCAUUCUUUUUACACAGAUGGCGUCAUUAUUUUCUAUGUAUGUUGCGGGGUAUAUUGAGCCAUACAAAUUUCUGAAGAUCAUCUUUGUGAACUUGGUAUCUAUUGGAGUCUGCUUUAUUUUAAUGUUUGGAAAUUGCACAUUUUUGUCAUCUUAUUUUGCCGCCUCUUUGUUAGUUACAUGGGGUAUCCUGAAAAAUAGAAAUAAAAUCCUACAUAUGCAGUCAUCACAAGCUCUAUUUUGGCUAAUUCAGUGGUUUUUUUGGUGGAGUGGAACAAUCAUUUUGAAAGUGAUAUUAUCUUAUCUCUUUCGCGUUUCAGAUCAGUAUCACCUGAGUGACCUCAUAACUGCCAGAAUUUUAAGAUACUCAGAUUUUGACACUUUAAUGUAUACCUGUGCUCCUGAAUUUGACUUAAUGGAAAAGGAGACUCCAUUGAGGUACAUGAAGACAUUUUUGCUUCCAGUUGUUGUUAUGAUUUCUUAUUUUAUCCUUAGAAAGGUGAUUCCUGACAUUUUAACUCUUUUGUCAUCAGAAAAACCUUACUACAGAAAACAACUUCACCAGGAUGAGUCAAAGAAUCCACCCACAGUUCUGCUGGUUUUUCAUGAAUUGGAGCUAUUUGCUUUUGCUAUUCUUGCUAUUUUCAUUAUGAGACUGAAGCUAUUUUUGACACCUCACAUGUGCCUUAUGUCUUCCUUGAUCAGCUCUAAACGGCUCUUUGGCCGGCUCUUUGAUAAAGUUCGUUAUGAGAAUUUUGUCUUUGCCAUUCUAGCAAUGAUGUCAAUUCAAGGUUGGUUAAACCUUCAGAGUCAAUUGAGCAUAAUAGGAGAGUUCAGUAAUAUGCCUCAGGAAGGGCUUCUGCAGUGGAUCAAACAAAACACCAAACCAGAUGCUGUUUUUGCAGGUACCAUGCCUACAAUGGCAAGUGUCAAGCUCUCUACGCUGCGCCCCAUUGUCAAUCAUCCACACUAUGAGGAUGGAGAAUUGAGGGCCAGAACAAAGAUAGUUUACUCUGCCUAUAGUCGAAAAACAGCUCAAGAACUAAGAGAUAAACUAGUGCAGUUGCAUGUGAAUUAUUACAUUUUGGAAGAGGCGUGGUGCGUUGUAAGGACCAAGCCUGGUUGCAGCAUGCUUGAGAUCUGGGACUCGGAAGACCCUGAAAAUGCCAAAAGACCUUCCCUAUGUCGCCUCCUCAUUAAGGAUGGCCGGCCCUACUUCACCUCUAUGUACCAAAAUAGCAUAUACAAAGUCCUCAGAGUGAACUAG